AUGGAGUGUGAGGUGCAGUGUGAGGGGCGGUGUGAGAUGCAGUGUGAGGUGCAGUGUGAGAUGCAGUGUGAGAUGGAGUGUGAGAUGGAGUGUGAGAUACAGUGUGAGAUGGAGUGUGAGGUGCAGUGUGAGAUGGAGUGUGAGGUGCAGUGUGAGGGGCGGUGUGAGAUGGAGUGUGAGAUGCAGUGUGAGGUGCAGUGUGAGAUGGAGUGUGAGAUGGAGUGUGAGGUGCAGUGUGAGGUGCAGUGUGAGAUGCAGUGUGAGGUGCAGUGUGAGAUGGAGUGUGAGAUGCAGUGUGAGGUGCAGUGUGAGAUGGAGUGUGAGAUGGAGUGUGAGGUGCAGUGUGAGGUGCAGUGUGAGAUGCAGUGUGAGGUGCAGUGUGAGAUGGAGUGUGAGAUACAGUGUGAGGUGCAGUGUGAGAUGGAGUGUGAGAUGGAGUGUGAGAUGGAGUGUGAGAUGGAGUGUGAGAUACAGUGUGAGGUGCAGUGUGAGGGGCAGUGUGAGAUGCAGUGUGAGAUGGAGUGUGAGAUGGAGUGUGAGAUGCAGUGUGAGAUGGAGUGUGAGAUGGAGUGUGAGAUGCAGUGUGAGGUGCAGUGUGAGAUGGAGUGUGAGAUGGAGUGUGAGGUGCAGUGUGAGAUGGAGUGUGAGAUACAGUGUGAGGUGCAGUGUGAGGUGCAGUGUGAGAUGGAGUGUGAGAUGGAGUGUGAGAUACAGUGUGAGAUGCAGUGUGAGGUGCAGUGUGAGAUGGAGUGUGAGAUGGAUUGUGAGAUGGAGUGUGAGAUGGAGUGUGAGAUGCAGUGUGAGAUAUAG